AAAGGUGAAAUUGGUAAAAAUUGGUCAUUUUUGAAUUAUAGCUGUUGUUGUAAUAUUGCAAUAGCCCAAAUUUUCAGGUCAGUCCACCAUAUACAUAUACAAGCCCAAUUCUACAAAGAGUAACAAGAUGCCCUUUUUUAGUCACGGCAGCCGAUUCGUGGUCUUCUGCAAAGUCGAGUGCUCAUGACCUGCAAAAACUUCUUGAAGCUUUGCAAGCAACCGAAGAAAUGUCUAUAAUCCCAACAACAUAAGCUAGCCCUGUACUCUCUCUCUCUCUCUCUCUCUCUCUCUCUCCAUAUAUGAAAAAGUUCCAGUUUUUAAGACUCUCGGUUGCUUUGUAUCAACAAACACCUCUGCAUAUGCUCAUGUUUCUCAAAUUUCGAAACUUUUCCCAUUCAAUAAAAUCUACACGGCUAAAAAACCAAAACCCGUGUUUUGAAUUGUUUAGAUUCUGCCAUUUUGAUUCAAAACUGGGUUUGGGUUCUUCAAGCCUAACGCCGACUUUAUCACCUCAGAAACCCCAAAACAAUGUUGCAAUUUUCUGGGAUUUGGACAACAAACCCCCCAAAACUGUCUCUCCAUUUGAGGCUGCUAUUAAGCUUAAAACUGCUGUGUGCUCAUUUGGGUUUGUUAAAUACAUGGUGGCUUACGCUAAUAGGCAUGCAUUUAGUUACGUGCCUCAAGUUGUGAGAGAGGAAAGAAAGCAGAGAAAGUCGUUGAAUCAGUUAGAAAAUAAGGGUGUGAUUAAGCCUGUAGAAUCUUAUUUAUGCAGAGUUUGUGGAAGGAACUUUUAUAAUAAUGAGAAGUUUAUUAAUCAUUUUAAGCAAAUUCAUGAGCGUGAGCAACAAAAGAGGUUGAAUCAGAUAGAAUCAGCAAGAGGGAAGAGGAGAGUUAUGUUAGUGGGUAAGUAUGCAAUGAAGAUGCAGAAGUAUAAGAAUGCUGCUAGGGAUAUUUUGACUCCAAAAGUAGGUUAUGGUUUGGCUGAUGAGUUGAAAAGGGCUGGUUUUUGGGUUAGGACUGUUUUGGAUAAGCCACAGGCAGCGGAUGUGGCAUUGAAAGAUCAUAUGGUAGAUAUGAUGGAUAAGAGGAGAGCUGAGUGUUUCGUGCUUGUAUCAGAUGAUUCGGAUUUUGUUCAUGUUUUGAAGGAGGCUAAAUCUAGAUGUUUAAAGACGGUUGUGGUAGGGGAUGUUAAUGAUGGGGCAUUGAAGAGGGUUGCCGAUGCAGGAUUUUCUUGGCAGGAAAUUUUGAUGGGGAAGGCUAAGAAGGAUGCAGAAACGGUUGUGGGACGGUGGAAGGACCGUGAUGUCUUGAAGAGAUUGGAGUGGAUAUAUGAUCCGGAGGUAGAGAAAAACUUGCAUGGCAUGGUUUAUGAGUUUGAUAAUCAUGAGAGCAAGGAUGAAUGUGAUGGCAAUGAUAGUGAGGAUGGAGAUAUUGAUAAUAUUCUUGAUGGUGAUGAUGUUGGUUGUUUGCAAAAGGAAGAUGCCAGAGGUUGGUGGGAGCUGGACUCUAAUCCUGAGGUCACUUCUUCACAAUCAUGCUGAUGGUAAUUGGUAGUUAGGUGUACAAUCAGUUUUAUGGCUUUUGUGGAGUUCACAAUUGUCCUGGAUAGCAUUUAGAAAAUUGUAUAAGCAGAACCACCACAAAGAACACAUGAUCAAACACGUAUUGUAAGCAAAUGGAGCUAUAUAGAUCUGUUAAUCUCUAGUAUGUGUUUUCUGGAGUUAUUUUCCACCUUAUAUCUUGAAUAGUACUUGCAGCCUAAAUGAAUUGCUUCUUGUCA